AUGCUCCGCAUGGCCCGAGGCAUUGAUGAAGGCUUGAUAGCUGCUGCCUUCAACAGCCCGGCCUUUCAGAAGCUGAUACAUUUUGACCAACACUCGCCCGUUGAGUGGGCAGACAUCAAGGGCAAUGUUACAGCCAUGAAAUUGAUUGGACCUGUGUCAGGAUCACUCAUGAAUCUCUACUUACGGAUAUAUCGCAUGGGCCGUCUUUGGGCUAUUUGCGAGCUUUGUCUCGUAUGGACGAUUGGCAUCGCAAUCUUUAUGUCUAGUCAAGGCAACCUGGACCCCAUCUACGCUGGCAGAUUCGUUGCUGGUCUCAGUAAGUCGUCCAGAGGUAGCCUCCAGCUAUAA